UCCCGUGAGAAAGUUAUUAGGGGCUCGGCAUCCUAUGAGUGCAGCUAUAAAGCAUAUUUUAGGCCUUUUUUGAUGCUUUACGUGAAUCUGUUGUCACGUAAAAUGAUCAUCUGCAUGUACUUGUUUUGAAAUUAAGAACACAAUUAUAGACCCUAAGAUCUAUAAAAGCGUAGCUCGACUUAACAUAAAAUGUGAGUUCGCUUUUUUGGGGUGAAAGCUAACAGCGCUAUUUUAGUUCGUCAAUAGCGCAGAACAACUUCAGCACAAACAUCUCAAUUCUAUUCCAGCCAAGUCGAAGUUAGUUUUUCGUUAACUAGCUGUUAGUUAUUUCUUUAGUUUGAAAUAUACCUGCCAAAGCAUGACGCCAUACCUUAGAUUGUAACAAGUAACACCUUUUGUCGGACUAACUUUCCAAAUGUUUUCAUCGAUAAGGCUACGGGUGAUUUUAUUGACAGGGUUAUUCCAUGGCGGCAUCCUUGGGAAACACGUUUCAAACUGUUUUCAUUUCAUUUAACAAUAUCAGUGCAUAAUUCAUGUUAAUCAUAUAUAGAUAAAAAUAUUUGUUUUUUAGUGUUUUUCAUUAUCUAGCAAUUAGCAGAAAGCAAUUUUGUCUACCAGCACAAAUUUUCUCAUGAAGUUUCCUCAACGAGAUAUAGCUAGCAAUUUAUAAAUAUAUGUUCAUAACUUGGGAAUAUCAAGUAUAAUUGUUUUUAUAAUUGAUUAAAGUUUGCAAAUUCCAGAUAAUUAAUUAGUAUCUUUUAAAAUGCCCUUCCUUGUAAUUAUUAAACAACUGUUUAAUAUCCAAAUUGAAUUAUGUAAAAUGUUUAUUCUCUCAGUUACGCUGUUUCAAUUGUUACAAACAUGUUGAUAAAAAUCAACAGACAAACCAAGAGGCCAAGCUCAGUUCAGCGUGAAGGUGCUGCUCAACGCUUGACUGGUGUUUUUUGGUGAGGAAAUCAAGGGACUCGGGCGAGGCUUUAGACUUGCUGCAAACAAUUUUGAAGAGAAAGAAUCUGGCUGCACUUCAUUUCAAGUGAUAUUUUAGAAUUGAUAUCAGCUAAAAAUGCCGAGCACAGCCGCAGAUCCAGCUUUUAUAGACAGUGGCAAAGUUCCUGGAAUCGAAAUUUGGAGAAUUGAGAACCUGAAGGUUGUUGCACAAGAUCCAAAGUCGCACGGGAAAUUUUACUCUGGUGAUUCCUACAUAGUCCUUGUGACGAAGAAAAACAAAGACAAAAUCGAGUGGGAUAUUCAUUUUUGGCUUGGAGAAAAAACCACACAGGAUGAAUGUGGCAUUGCUGCCUACAAGACUGUCGAGUUAGAUGACUAUUUGGGUGGAUACCCUGUGCAGUACAGAGAAACUCAAAACCACGAAUCUAGAAAAUUCCUGUCGCUUUUCCCACAGGGAGUCCAGUACCUUGAAGGAGGAAUUGAUUCAGGCUUUAAAAAGGUAGACAGAGAUGCCUAUGUGAAGAAGCUACUUCAUGUAAAAGGGAAGCGAAAUGUUCGUGUACAGCAGGUUGAAUUGAGUUAUAAGUCACUUAAUCAUGGGGAUGUAUUUGUUCUUGAUGAUGGCAAAACUAUUUAUUGCUGGAACGGAAAAGAAAGCAGCAAAAAGGAACGGAUCAAGGGAACUGAGGUAGCAAGAAAGAUUCGUGAUGAGGAACGAGGAGGGAAAGCGAAAAUUGUUGUUAUCGACUCCGGACGUGACCCAGAAGGAAAGUUCUUUGAUGUUCUUGGCUCCAAAGGUCCUAUUGCAUCUGCUGACGAGGCCGGGGAUGACGCAGAAUUCGAGAAGAAGACUCAAGUUCAAGUCAAAUUAUACAGAGUUUCAGACGCAAGUGGAAAACUAGAAAUCAAGGAAACAGGAAAAUUCCCGUUUACAAAAGAUGACCUCGAUCCCAGUGACUGCUUCAUUGUUGAUGCUGGCUCGAGUGGUGUUUUUGCUUGGAUCGGGAAAGGCUGCACGACACAAGAGAAGAAGGAAGCCAUGAACAACGCCAUGGAAUUCAUCAACCAGAAGGGCUACCCAAACUGGACUCAAGUCACCAGGGUAGUGGAAGGAGCGGAGACGCCCAUUUUCAAGCAGUUUUUUAAGGACUGGCCAGAAGCUGGAGUUCAGCAAGGUCUUGGACAGGCGAAGCGUGGAAAUGUUGCUGUUGUAGAAGCAAAACAAUUUGACGCUUCAUCGCUGCAUGAAAGAUCAAAGAAAGCAAAAAUGCAGUUGCCCGAUGAUGGAAGUGGUGAUGUUAAGAUAUGGCGCGUCGAAAAGUUCAAGCAAGUUGAUGUUCCAGAAACUAGUUAUGGUACAUUUCACGAAGGAGACUGUUACGUGCUUCUCUAUACGUACAGACCAAGAGGCAGAGAGCAACAUAUCAUAUACUUUUGGCAGGGAGCAAAAAGCAGUGUUGACGAGAAAGGUUCAUCCGCUAUGUUUGCGCAACAGCUCGAUGAAAAACUUGGUGGAGGACCAGUUCAAGUGCGUGUCGUCCAAAACAAAGAGCCAGAACAUUUUCUUCGAAUUUUCAAAGGCAAAAUGAUCAUUCUGAAGGGUGGUAUGGAUAGUGGGUUCAAAUCCCGCAAAGCAAGCGAAAACUCAAGAGCCAAAGAGAAUGUGAACCUCUUUCAAAUCAAAGGAACUUCCGAGCUGAAUACAAGAGCAGUUGAGGUGACUGCGAGGGCAGCGUCUUUGAACUCGAAUGACGUAUUUCUUCUAAAAGCGCCGCAGAAAGCUUUCGUUUGGGAAGGGCUGGGUGCCAGUGAAGAUGAGAAGAAGUUUGCUGAAGUUGUAUCCGACAAUGUUGCUCCAGAUGGGGAUCUUGUCGUCCUCAAGGAAGGCAAAGAAACUCGUGAAUUCUGGGACCUUCUUGGGGGCAUAGAGACUUAUGCGACAACUGAGCGAUUGAAAGAAGAAGCAACUAACUAUCCACCAAGACUCUUCCAAUGCUCUAAUGCAUCGGGAAGAUUUUCUGUUGAAGAGAUUCCUGACUUUGAUCAAGAGGACCUUUGCGAAGAUGACGUCAUGUUGCUAGACACAUACGAUGACGUUUUUGUUUGGAUUGGAAAGGGUGCAAAUGCAAUUGAAAAGAAGGAGGCCUUAAAUGCUGCGAUGAACUACAUCAAGUCAGAUAAAACUGGAAGGACUAUUGAGAACACCAACAUUCUUCAAGUUAAGCAAGGAUUCGAGCCUCUAACUUUCUCUGGAAACUUUCUCGCAUGGGAUCCAGAGAAAUGGAGUUCUGGCAAAACUUACGAAGAAAUCAAAGCUGAACUCGGUGGUGAGGAAGUAGGAAUCACUUCAGUACAAGAGGAGCUGAAGAAGUAUAACAAGAAAUAUAGUUACAAAGAGCUCACGGCACGCUUCUUGCCAGAUGGAGUUGACCCCUGCCAAAAGGAGAGGUACCUCAACGACGAUGAAUUUCAAACAGUUUUCAGAGUUUCAAGAGCUCAGUUUGAGUCUCUGCCUGGCUGGAAACAACAGCUGCUCAAAAAGAAAGCAAAUCUUUAUUAGAUAAAACACAAACAAGAACAGGCUAGUGGAAUAGUGACAACUAAUGUAUUUUAUACAUUGUACAUUAUAAAUAGUGUUACAUAAAUAUAUCUCUAACUACAUUCUAAAAUUGUAUAAUUUAUCAAAAAAUCUUACACUUUUCCUUACUAUCCUAUUUAUAGAUAUCGAUUAACGCUUUUGAAUUUCUGGUAGAUGUUGAGAGCCUCUAACUUUUUCCAACCAAUGUCUUGGAACGAAUAAGUCAAAAA